CCGGAAGUGACCAAUCAGAGCGCGGUGUUCCGAUGACGCCCUGGGAUUCCGCGAAAUUGUUUCUUUUGAGAAAAAGAGCAGCGAAAACACUGCGGCGGCGGCGCGCGCGCUCACAAGUUUUGACGCAGUUAUGAGGAAAGCUCGCAAGGCGACGGCACGACUUCGGGAUCCGACCGACGCCUGGAAAUCGUACAACAGCUGUACAAAGGCGUAAAGAGAAUCAGGGACACCACGUUUCCUGGAGGUGACUCGGAGCUUCUGAUAAACGAGUUGCGCAAGACUGAAGAAGCGCUUUGUUCCUGGCGUUUAAUUAUCGCCCGGUCUUGUCAGGACGAUCAUGACGGAUGUGGAUGUUGCCGCGACGCGCGCGCUCUCCUCCACCGACGGAGCGGAUGCUGAGAUGGAGAACCAGGAGAGCCGCACGCUGCUGAUGGUGGCGAUGAUCCUGCUGGACUUGAACCGGUGCGGCAGAGUGUGCCCUAAGGGCUCCGUAGAGAGCGACGCAGCCGGUCAGUCCGCCGUGAGGGAGAAGCGCAGAGCGGCAGGGGCCGAGCGGCGGGCGCGCAACCGGCAAAACCCCGCCGAGAAGAAGCACGGCUGCCCCUACCCGGGAUGUGGCAAGAUCUACGGAAAGUCAUCUCAUCUCAAAGCGCACUGCCGUGUCCACACCGGUGAGAGACCGUUCCAGUGCACAUGGCCUGGCUGCGUCAAGCGUUUCUCCCGAUCAGAUGAGCUGACGCGCCACUUCCGUACACACACAGGCGAGAAGCGCUUUGCCUGUCCCCUCUGCACCAAGUGCUUCAUGCGCAGCGACCAUCUGACCAAGCACGCACGCCGCCAUGAUGGCUUCCAUCCCAGCAUGCUCUGCAAGUCCAACAGCUGGAGGUGCCGCUCCUCAGCCUCCACAUCCUCCUCUGGCUCUGGAGACGCUGAGUGAUGCUCAGAACUUUUUAAAUGCAACUUAUUACAUAUUACAGAUCAGUGUAGGAUCUGCACACCCUUCUGAUGUGUACACUGCCGGAUCAAAAAAGUCAGCAGGACCAUCUCUAGUCUGCGCUUUCACGUUAUCCGUAUCCGACAGGCAGAAACUCUUUUGCACACACAAUACAUUAAACUGACAGCAAUAUAUACACCGAUCAGCCAUAACAUUAUGACCGCUGACAGGUGAAGUGAAUAAAAUGGAUGCUCUCAUUACAGUGGCACCUGUCAAGGGUUAAUAAAUGAAGUGAAUGCUGGCUAAAACAGAAAGGUGUCAGCGUUCACUUUUUCAGCAGUUUGUGCUACAGGAGCUCUUCUGUGGGAUUGGAUCAUAUGGGCUAGCCUUCAUGCGAAUCAGUGAGCCUUUGACACCCAUGACCCUGGCGCCGGUUCACCGGUUGUCCUUGGGAUCCUUGGACCACUUUUGUUCGGUACUAACCACUACACACCAGGAACACUCAAGAAGAUGUGCCAUUUUGGAGAUGCUCAGACCCGGUCAUCUCACCAUUGCAAUUUGGUCCUUGUCAAAGUCACUCAGAUCCUUAUGUUUGCCCAUUUUUCUUGCUUCCAACACAUCAACUUCAAAAACUGACUGUUCUCUUGCUGCCGAAUAUAUCCCACCCCUCGACAGGUGCCACUGUAAUGAGAUAAUCAAUGUUAUUCACGUCACCUGUCAGGGGUCAUAAUAUUAUUGCUGAUUGGUGUGUGUGUAUAUAUAUACAGUGAGAGUAAAAAGUAUUUGAUCCCUUGCUGAUUUUGUUGGUUUGCCCAUUAAUAAAGACAUGAUCAUUCUAUACUUUU